CAUUAAACCAGUUGAAUUCGAUCCGCUGAUGACCGACUCAUCAGAGUCAAACCUCACUGCCUGAUCUAUUCGUCUAGACGCUACUACCAUCCCCGCCAUAUCAAACAUCUCAAUCUGGUUACGUCUCUUAUCAUCCAUCAUCGUCCCAGCGAGGGAGUGUUCAAGAUCAUCCGAUCGCGUUCAUGGCGGAAACCCUAGCACGCCUUGACACUGAGUCCCCGGAGGAUUCCUCCUGGAUCAAUCUUCACUACCACUCUGGCUUCGGCAACCACUUCUCCUCCGAGGCCAAGCCCGGUGCACUCCCCGCCGACCAGAACAACCCUCUUCUCUGCCCGUUUGGCCUCUACGCCGAGCAAAUCUCCGGCACUUCCUUCACCGCCCCUCGCCGCCUUAAUCAGCGCAGUUGGUUGUAUAGAAUCAAACCUUCGGUCACUCAUGAGCCGUUCCAUCCCCGUUCUCCGCCUCACCGUCGCCUUGUUGGUGAUUUCAAUCAGUCCAAUAGCUCCGCCAACCCCACUCAGCUGCGCUGGAAGCCGGCGGAUCCUCCGGAUUCCCCAACUGAUUUCGUCGAUGGCCUUUAUACGGUUUGUGGAGCGGGCAGCGCUUUCCUUCGUCAUGGAUACGCCAUUCACAUGUAUACUGCCAAUAAAUCUAUGGAUGGUGCAUUUUGCAAUGCUGAUGGUGAUUUUUUGAUAGUUCCUCAAGAAGGAAGAUUGUGGAUAACAACAGAAUGUGGUCAAUUGCAAGUAUCUCCUGGUGAAAUUGUUGUUCUACCUCAAGGAUUCCGUUUUUCUAUCAAUUUGCCUGAUGGCCCAUCACGUGGCUAUGUUGCUGAGAUUUUUGGUACCCAUUUCCAACUUCCUGAUCUUGGCCCGAUUGGUUCUAAUGGUUUGGCUGCUGCAAGGCAUUUCCUUACUCCCACAGCUUGGUUUGAAGAUCGUAUUCAUCCAGGUUACAUCAUUGUGCAAAAGUUUGGUGGUGAGCUGUUUACUGCAAAACAAGAUUUUUCGCCAUUCAAUGUAGUUGCUUGGCACGGGAAUUAUGUACCAUAUAAGUAUGAUCUUAAUAAGUUUUGCCCAUUUAACUCUGUUCUGAUUGAUCAUGGCGACCCAUCAAUAAACACAGUGUUAACAGCCCCAUCUGACAAACCAGGUGUUGCUUUGCUUGAUUUUGUGAUAUUCCCACCUCGAUGGCUGGUUGCUGAGCAUACAUUUCGCCCUCCUUAUUAUCACCGCAAUUGCAUGAGCGAGUUUAUGGGCUUAAUUUUUGGUCAAUAUGAGGCCAAAGCUGAUGGAUUUCUCCCUGGAGGCGCAAGCCUUCAUAGCUGCAUGACACCACAUGGGCCUGACACCAAAACAUACGAGGCUACAAUUGCACAAGGUGACGAUGCUGGUCCAUCUAGGCUAAGAGCCACAAUGGCCUUCAUGUUUGAGUCGUCAUUGAUUCCUCGUGUCUGUCAAUGGUCUUUGGAAUCUCCUCACUUGGAUCCUGAUUACUAUCAGUGUUGGAUUGGAUUGAGGUCUCAUUUUUCAUACAAUGAGACAGAUGAGGUGAUAGAUGGAAUCCGCAAUGUUAGUGUUUAACUAAUUUAUUUUAGCUUAAGAAGUUCAUCAACCAUCCAGAUGUAUAUAAUAUAGUUCAGAUCUAUCAGCAAAAUAAAUGUUUGAAAAAGUUGGAAGUUGGAACUACUUGCUGUGCAUGAAUAAAGUGUAGCAUGGUGGCAGACUUACAUUGUGUUCUUAUAUUAUGCAGAGGAUGCUAGCACUAUGCAGGUGUUGUUUAGGGUUUGCAAAUAUGAGCAGCUCUGGUUGCUUAUUGUAUUUUUUACAAAGUGAAACCUGUGUGAUUGGCGCAGCAUAUGCAUUUUGUAUGUUAUGCUUUGAUGCUAAUCUUUAACAGAAGUUUCACAUAUUGAGAUUUAAGUGAUACUUUAUAUCUUUUCACA